AAUGCAAACAUCUCUCCACGCUGUUCCUGCAGAGAUAGAACAGAAUCACAGGAAGGCAAUGGACUGAUUCCAGCUUUAUUUUGGAAUCAUUGGCAGCUAUAAUUUUAGCCCCGCCUAACUCGUGAUUGGUAUAAACAAAGGACACUAGAGCCUUGUCUUCUACUCAGCUUUCAAAAGAAAAGAAAGAAACAACAGUGUGGGACUAGCUAGGCCGGGGAGGAUGAUGGAUCUGAACCAGAGUCAUUCCGUGAAGCUGAAUGAUGGACACUUCAUGCCAGUGCUUGGAUUUGGCACUUAUGCUCCUGAAGAGAUUCCUAAGAGCAAGGCUUUCGAGUCUACCAAAGUGGCGAUUGACGUAGGAUACCGUCACAUCGAUGCAGCACACUUAUAUCAAAAUGAGGAGGAAGUUGGAAAGGCCAUUCGAGAGAAGAUUGCUGAUGGUACCGUGAAGAGGAAGGACAUUUUCUACACCACCAAGCUUUGGGCUACCUUCCAUCGACCAGAAUUGGUUCAACCUGCCCUGGAAAGAUCACUGAAGAAGCUUCAACUGGACUAUGUAGAUCUCUUCCUUAUCCAUGUGCCAGUCGCUAUGAAGGUGGAAUGUCACCCUUACCUCAACCAGAGCAAACUCCUGGAGUUCUGCAAGUCCAAGGACAUUGUUCUCGUUGCCUACAGUGCCCUGGGAUCCCACAGAGACCCAAAGUGGGUGGAUGUGAACAGCCCACAUCUCUUGGAGGACCCAAUAUUGAAGACCAUUGCUAAGAAACACAAGAGAAGCCCAGGACAGGUCGCCCUGCGCUACCUGCUGCAGCGUGGGGUGGUUGUCCUGGCCAAGAGCUUCAGUGAGAAGAGAAUCAAAGAAAACUUCCAGGCUUUUGACUUCGAAUUGACUCCAGAGGACAUGAAAGAGAUCCAAAGCCUCAACAGAAAUCUACGAUACGGUCAAAUUCUAUUUGCUGUUGAUCACCCUUACUAUCCCUUUUCGGAAGAAUACUGAUCAGGAGCAAUUGAUCAGAACUACCAAACAUUCUCCUUCCUGAGCAGUGUGCAGAGGAUUUCUGUGUUUGCUGGAGCUGAUUAGGUAGUGUCUAUAAAGUUAUAGCUUUAGGUUGCUUGCUUUUUAUUUUAUCAUUUCAUUAAAUAAUAAAGACUUCAAAACAAG